ACAUCGAUCUAUUUUUAAUUUUAUGGUCUGUUAAAGAAAACUGGAAUAAAAAUAUAGUGCGAUAUGUUGAACGGCCUUCGCGGUGUAUCUCCUUCCUCGGAAACGAUGUCGGAAAGCACUCUGGAAAGAAACCGCGCCGAAAAAGCAUUAUUAACGAGAACUGCAACGCAGACUCAAGUUUACAGUAAAUCUGGCGUCAGGAAUUAUUCUGAUAAAAACGGGAAUGAUGUUAUUAAGUCGGUGCAUAAAGGGAGAAAGACUUUCGCAUUCUGGACCCUGGUUGUGUUACUGUUUGCACUCGCUAUUGGAAAUUUGAUUUUAAUAUUUACAAUUUUGGCCGUGCUGCGACUUGGUCAAGGUAUGGAGAGCAUGGAGUUCCUUCCUGAACACAAUGCAGUGAAGUUCUUCGGUGCUACAGACCUGGAGCAUGUGUAUAAGAGAGAUGGACUACUGGAAAGCUAUAAAGACACACCAAUGUCCAUAUCAAGUGAAAAUGGAUCUGUUCUUUUCAAUUUGCAGACCAGGCUGUCUCGCUCUGACACGAAGCUAUCAGUGAACACGUCGGGCGUGUUCGUGCGCGGUGUGAGUGGUCUCCAACUCCUGGACCCUGACUCGGGGGAGACGGUGUUCAGUACCAGCUCCUCACAGAUGAACCUGCCCGACGGUGUCAAUAAUAUACAAGCUAAACAAUUAUCAACGAAGAGAAUAACAUCCCCCGUCGACGAGGACCUGCUCCUCCGUUCAAAUACAUCAGCCCACCUUCGAGGAGCCGAAGGCACGCAUAUGGAGUCAAAGGAACUGCUAUGGAAAGCCGACCAGGACAUCUACCUGAAGUCCAUCAACGGAUCAGUGGUGCUGAGUGGAAAGGAAGGUGUUUUUAUAGAUGUACGAUACUUGCCUAUAGCCUUACCUCUGAAUAAAACUGAUAAAUCCGCAACGGGACAGUUCAAAGUGUGUGUGUGCAUGCCACAAGGGAAGUUAUUCAGAAUAGCAGUCCCGACUGGUCAGAAAGUGUCAUGUUCUCAUAUAAACAUGACGGCAGAUUUAAAUCCGUGUAUAUAAUGUGUAGGUUUUAAAUGUUAAGUCCGGCCGCUCAGAGUUUGCGUUUCUGACAGAUCGGGAUCGGUUGACGAUGUAGAAUAGAAUAGAAUAACAUUUAUUACAUCACACAUCUCAACACAAUAAAAACGAUGCCGACAGCUGCAUAUAAAUUAUUAUAUAAGAUAAACGUAAAUAAAAAACAAUUCAUUAAAUUAGAGAUGAAAUCAUUAUAUAAAAAAAAUAUAUAUAACUUUGAACUGACGUACAAUUGACUGAGUUUUUUAUAAAUAAAAACAUUAUAAAUUUAAUAAUUAUUCCUACUUGCAAUAUACGUAUUAUUUUGGGCUAAAACUAUUAACUACUAGCUGACCCGCGCAACGUCGUCUGCAUUACACUUACUUAAUUAAUUUAUAUUUACAUUUUUACAUGAUAUUUACAUUUCGCUAAAUUUAAAUCAUAUCUGUUUUAAUUAUACUCUGUUAUUCUGAUGUAUAAUCUAUAUUACUGUAAAGUUUAAACA